AUUCUAACCCCUGCGCCUGCCUCUUCGUUCUCCCCAUUACUCCUGAAACUCUCAUACCCAAGCAGCAACGGCAGUGCGGCACGGGGCUCGCACAUCAGACCGUCCUUGUGUUCCCAUAUUAGGAUAUUAGGAUUUGGGAGUGACGAAAAACUACUUUGAUUUAAAGAUAGUGGGAUUGAUUCGUUGUAUCAUUUAAAGAAGAAGAACCGAAGAAGAAGAAGAAAGAGAAGGGACUCACUGAAUUAGAAGGAAGAAGGGAAUAGCGCAUCGCACAGAUAGGGGCAUUCACACCUCAGAGACUCAAUAUGUCUCUAUGAAUACCAGCCGUUGUUUUCAAGGUAAUCUACCCCUUCUACAACCCAGUGGUACUGAUUUAGAAGAUUAGAGAAGUUGCAGAAGCGUAACCCAGGAACACAAAGGAGUUACUUGGACAUGUAAAGAUUAUCAAGUAAUUAGUGAAAAUACACCGUCUCAAAUCUGCCAGAUUUUCUGGCCGUAGACGAGCUCUAUCCGGUAUCCAUCCUUCUUCGGAGGAAGUGUUAUAGGUCUUCGUCUCUGUUUCCGUUGAAGAGAACAGGAGAGAGAAAAGAUGGAUGCUUACGAUGGGUUUUUCGUUGACGAAAAAGCAGUUCGUGUGGAAAACAUUUUCUUUGAGUUCCUCAAGAGCUUUAAGCUUGAUCCCAGCUCGGCUGAGCCAUUCUAUGAAUCGGAGGUCGAAGCCAUGAAAUCGAAGGAAUCGACCACCAUGUUUAUUGAUUUCUCUCACGUAAUGCGCUUCAACAAUGUCCUUCAGAAGGCCAUAUCGGAGGAGUAUCUGAGGUUCGAACCGUACCUGAAGAAUGCUUGCAAAAGGUUUGUGAUGGAGCAGAAGCCGACCGUAAUAGCAGAUGACAACCCUAACAAAGACAUAAAUGUAGCCUUCUACAACAUCCCUCUGCUAAAAAGAUUGAGGGAUUUGGCGACAGCUGAGAUUGGAAAAUUAGUUUCAGUGACAGGGGUGGUCACCCGAACUAGUGAGGUGAGACCGGAGCUUCUGCAAGGGACUUUCAAGUGCCUGGAAUGUGGAAGCUUAAUAAAGAAUGUUGAACAACAAUUUAAAUAUACUGAGCCGAUUGUCUGUACCAAUGCACUCUGUAAGAAUCGAAUGAGAUGGGUUUUGCUUCGUCAAGAGAGCAAAUUUGCAGAUUGGCAGAGGGUCCGAAUGCAAGAAACCACAAAAGAGAUACCACCGGGCUCCCUACCUCGAUCUAUGGAUGUCAUCCUUCGUCAUGAAAUCGUGGAGCAGGCCAGAGCUGGUGAUACGGUAAUCUUUACAGGUACUCUUGUUGUAAUACCAGACAUAUUGGCAUUAGCAUCACCAGGGGAGAGAUCAGAAUGUAGAAGAGAAGCUUCCCAACGUCAAAAUCCUGCUGCUGGCCAGGAAGGCGUUAGGGGUCUUAGGGCUUUGGGGGUGAGGGAUCUCUCCUAUCGCAUGGCCUUCAUUGCCAAUUCAGUACAGAUUUCUGAUGGUAGAAGGGACAGCGACAUUAGGAACAGAAAGAAGGAUAUUGUUGAUGAUGAUAACCCGCAGUUCAUGGCUGAUGAGUUGGAUGAAAUCCAACGGAUGAGAAACACUCCUGAUUUCUUCAAUAAGCUUGUUGACAGUAUUGCUCCAACAAUUUUUGGUCACCAAGAAAUCAAACGGGCUAUCCUGCUUAUGCUCUUGGGUGGUGUCCAUAAGGUCACCCAUGAGGGUAUCAACCUUAGGGGGGACAUCAAUGUGUGUAUUGUUGGAGACCCAAGCUGUGCAAAGUCUCAGUUCCUCAAGUAUACUUCAAGUAUCGUUCCCCGAUCUGUCUACACAUCUGGAAAAUCCUCCUCUGCUGCAGGUUUGACUGCCACUGUGGCUAAGGAACCAGAAACUGGAGAAUUCUGUAUUGAGGCUGGUGCUCUAAUGCUUGCUGAUAAUGGCAUAUGUUGCAUUGAUGAAUUUGAUAAGAUGGAAAUCAGGGACCAGGUUGCUAUUCAUGAAGCCAUGGAACAGCAGACUAUAAGCAUCACGAAAGCAGGAAUACAGGCAACACUGAAUGCUCGAACAUCAAUUUUAGCUGCUGCCAACCCUACUGGUGGGCGAUAUGAUAAAUCAAAACCUCUCAAGUACAAUGUAGCACUCCCACCUGCUAUCCUUUCAAGGUUUGAUUUGGUGUAUGUUAUGAUCGAUGAGCCAGACGAUCAAACAGAUUACCACAUUGCCCACCACAUUGUGAGAGUUCAUCAGAAGCAUGAAGAUGCACUUACUCCUGCGUUCACUACUGCUCAAUUGAAGCGUUAUAUAGCUUAUGCAAAGACUCUUAGGCCAAAGUUGAGCUCAGAAGCCAGGAAAAUGCUAGUGGAUUCCUACGUUGCUCUUCGUAGAGGUGAUAUAACUCCAGGGAGUAGAGUUGCUUAUCGCAUGACAGUUAGGCAACUGGAGGCAUUGGUUAGGCUGUCAGAAGCUAUUGCUCGAAGUCACUUGGAACUUCAGGUGGAACCGCGCCAUGUUCGUGUGGCAGUGAGGCUUCUAAAAACAUCCAUAAUAAGUGUUGAAUCGAGUGAGAUUGAUCUUUCUGAUUUUCAAGAUGAAAUUCAUGAUGGUGAUGGUGAUGGUGAUGGUGAUGGUGAUGGUGAUGGAGGUCCUGGACAAGAUGGUGCUCAGCCAAGUACAACUGCAGCAGAACCAGUUUCUGGAAAUGCAGAAAGUGGCAUAGGCACAGGCAGUCAUCAAGGAAAGAAACUAGUUAUUACCGAUGAAUACUUUCAAAGGGUUACCCAAGCUCUUGUUAUGCGGCUUAGACAACAUGAAGAGUCUGUAAUGCAAGAUGGGACUGGAUUAGUGGGUAUGAGGCAGAAAGAUUUGAUUCAGUGGUAUGUGAGUCAACAAAAUGAAAAGAACAACUACAGUUCUAUGGAGGAGGUGAAGAGUGAAGUGGCUAAAAUUAAAGCUAUUAUAGAGAGCUUGAUACGGAGGGAAGGCCACCUGAUAGUUGUAGAUGAUGGUCGGCAAGCAACUGCAGAGGGUGAAGAACCAAGGGAAUCAUCAUCAUCUAGAAAUGACAGGAUUUUAUCUGUUGCUCCAAAUUAUGUCAUUGAUUAAUGCAAUGUUGUCCAUUACCUGGUCUACUCAUAUUUCCGACAAAUUGAUCAUAACAGCAUUCAUCCAUGCUUCUCCGAUCUGGAAGUUAUUGUGAAGAGAAUCAGAUUGAUCAUACACAGCUAUGCAUGUGAUUUGAAUCCAUAACCAGUCAUAUGAGAUACCUUCAUUGUCUGAAUGAAUUCGUGGUGACUUUAAUGUCAAAAGCAGCUCUUAAACUUGUUCAAGUCAUCCUUUACCAGCGUUCUUUCAUUCCCUUGUUUUGCCUGUGGAACGCCACCCACCCCUGGCGAAGUGGUGGGCGAGGCGUUUGCGAGGUUACCAAUAGAUUUAUAAACUUUGUAUUUGCUUUAACUAUAUGUUAUCUAGAAGUAAUGUUUUGCUGAGCUUUCUCAGUGGUUAUGAUGAGAGAAGUUUGGCUAA